UCUUAAAGGAAAUCUAUUUUUAUUCAUUUGUUGCCGACAUUCAUUUCGCUGAUUCAUCAAUUGUGUUAUGACGUCAUUUUUUUAAAAUGCCCGUCGCCCGUAACCUUUUGACCAUCUGAUGCCCGAUGUCAUUGGCAGCCAAUGAUUGGUCGUUAUCUUAAUGCUUCAAGCGGCUAUACGACCAUACAGGUUGUGAAAGUGAAACUUAAUGUUGUAAAUUGAAACAGAACAACUUUGGGUUAUGACUAAAAAACUACAUGGUUAGGUUUACGAAAAGAUUGAGAUGAAGAAGUACGCUCGUUACCCAGUUUAUGUUCGAAUAAGAAGUCAUCAGCAUCCUCCUUUGGAUUCACACAGGACCGAUCCCAAAGCCAAAGAUAGCCCUCGAUUUCCCAAAACUCUUGGUUGAUGUUAGCAUUAGUCGUGAAUAGUUAAGGAAAGCGACUUAUGAGGCUUACUUGAGUUUUUGAAAAUCUAAUCUAAAACCAGCCCACAGGACGAGUGACAGGAACAACAAGGCCCAUCAGGAGCUGCCAGCCAAAAGGUCGUUCCCAUAGACCUGCUAUAUGAAAGAGACCUGCUCCGCAAAUCUUCCCCGAAGACUAGAGGACAUCCGGGCUCCGUAAUCCCGACAUGAUGGGGAGGUCCCUCUGGAUUUCCCACGGUGCCACUGAAGCGUUGUUCAGAGGAAGGAGCUUCAUAGCAGUUCUACCUCUGGCGUUACUGUUGCCGACACUAAGAGUCGGCGCCCAGUUCAUAGGAAGCCCUCUGGACUGCCAGAAGACCUGUGUUUGUGCCAGCAACAUCGUCAGCUGCUCCAGGAUCAGUCUAACCAACGUUCCAAUCACUCUGCCACAAUACACAGCUGUCUUGGACCUCAGCUUCAACAAUAUCACCAGGCUCCGUGCUGAGUGGACCCCCGUCCCACUCAACAGGCUACACAGCCUUCUUCUCAGCCACAACGGCCUCACCUUCCUCUCCUCUGAGGCCUUUUCAAAUGUGAAAAAGCUCCAAUACCUGGACCUUUCCUCUAAUUACAUCCGCCAGCUGGACGAGUUCAUCUUCGAGCCACUCGAGCACCUGGAGGUGCUGCUGCUUUACAGCAACCGCAUCUCUCAGAUAGAUCGCACCGCCUUCUCAGGUCUCGCCAGCCUGCAGAGGCUCUACCUGAGCCACAACCAGAUCUCACGCUUCCCCUUGGAGCUGGUGAAGGAGCGGACCCGCCCGGAUACUCUUAGAUUGCUGGACGUGUCCUCGAACCGGAUCAAAGCCCUGCCCCUCAAUGAGCUCCAGGCUCUGCCCGCCUGGAUCAAGAACGGCCUGUACUUCCAUAACAACCCUCUGCCCUGCAGCUGUGACGUGCAUGAAGUGGUGGCACGCUGGUACAUCAAGGAGCUCAGCUCUGCCGUGGACUUCCGGGGCAGCCACACUUGUGUGUUACCGGGCCACCAGAAAGAAAAAAUUGCUAUACUGGAUCUGGACAAGGUGUAUUUGAACUGCAGUGAGGUCACGGCUAUGGAGAAAAAAGCCUUCCUUGAGCAGUUCCUAGUUCUGGACUGUGACACCAGGGAAAGGAACAUGACGAAGAGUUGGGCGCUACCUGGAAACAUCCCGGUAUCUCCAGCAUACAAAAUAGCUUUGAUGCGUCCUGAUGGCAGUCUCCAGAUUGGGCCCCUGAAGGCUGAGGACUCUGGAGUCUACACUUGCUAUGCCAGUGGGUCCCUCAAUGAGACUGUAUAUGUAACCGUAGUGGUGUUUAAUUCCACCGAGAUCGGGGGGUUGGAGAACCUAAAAACGGCCUACACCACCCUGAUAGGAUGUCUGGUUAGUUUAGUUCUGGUUCUCUUCUACCUCUAUCUGACACCCUGCCACUGCGCGUGUUGUCCGGGUCAGAGUCUGGAGAAAAGUGAGCCCAGAGACAGCCUCCACUCUUCCACUGUUAGCAUCACUCACGCACACUCGCAGACGGGGCAAGAAAGACCGGAAGGCGGAGGCUUUGACAACAAACAUGGCGCCUUUCUGCAACCGAAAGACCAGCGGGAGCAGAACGGGAGGUUAAACCCAAUAGGCGAGGAAGACGAGGAGUGGCACGGGGAGAGAAGGAGGUCUGACGCAGGGUCUAUCAGCUCCGUGUGCUCUGAUACGCCGAUGGUGGUCUAAAGGUCCAUGGCUCCGUCAGAGGGUAGAAGAGUUUAGUUGUCUCUCGUGGCUGAAGGCAUGUACUGUUGAGGAUGAAGGGCAAUGUCUUGAUAGAAAUCUAGAAACUCCAGAACAUUUUCUCGAUAAUGUAGAGAAAUAUAGUUAGAAUAAGUUUUGACCUAAAACAUCAGUUUUUGCACUAGAUUGCAAUGGUCCAAAUAUUUUCAAUAUUAUCCUUCUUACAGCAAACUAUUGGCUUGACUUACAAAGAAAUUGCUACGCACAUAAGAAUAUAAGAGUUUAAAACGAGUUUAGGGAUUUUUGAUAGAAGUUCCUGAAAAAAUGAACACAUAUUACCUUAGCAAUAAUUACUCGCUGAAAAUGUACUGCAUGAAAACAGUUUUAACUUAAACUGAGGCUGCGCUUUGAAUAAUAAAUACCCAGCCGUGUGAUGCAGUGGGGAUCCAGACACUACAAAGAUGUGACGUUUUAGUGCAUGUUGGAUUCCAUCUUGCAUUUUUAUCUCCAAUUCACACUGCACUAUGUUUAAAAUGUAUGCUAUGUUUUACAUUCCUGUUUUGUUUUUGUGCCUUUACGGGAUAUAACACUGUUAGGAUCAUUCUUAUGCAAUUUUAGUAAUCAAUAAUAUUUCUGAUUUUAGUGUGGUUCGAUUAAUAAUAUGUGGGUUUGCAGUAACUAAGCUUCUAUUGAAGUGCUUUUUUUUAAUACUUCUUUUUACUUUUUUGAUUAAUUAUUAACCCAGCCUUUUGUGAGCCUUUUUUUCACAAAGUACAGCUGUCCGCUGUCAGUUCUCCAGAGUUCAAAGCUUGGUCAUUUUCAAAUAUGUUGUUACGCCAGUUGCAGUUCAGAACGGACACGUGAAAAGAAACAGAAAUAACAGUACUGUCCCACAGCCGACGUAAAUAAACACCUUGUCACACCGGACGGUUAAUAGCAGCCGGGAAGCAUCACCCAGGGGAAACAACUGAGAGCCAGUAUCAUCCCCUGAAUGCUUUAGUGCCCGACCCUCAACAGAUCAGCGAAUGCCAGCCGGCCACCGCGCUCAUAAACACGGUCACAAAUAGCAGCCGGAGGAGCAGCCGGCACGCCGGCCUCCUGACGCAGAAAUGAAAUGUAGCAGCGUCCGAACGUCUUUCAGUUCUCUUCCAUUGUUGCUGAAAUACCUUCAACUUGUCGAACUUAACUCUUAACUGUUGCCGAUGAAUUAUUGUAUAAGAAACAUCGCUAAUAAUGGUGACAUGUGAAAUGUGAUUAAUCAGAUAGAAUAGUAACAAAACAUAGCAAUCCCAGAUGAUAUAUGUAGCAGUGUACUCAAUAUGUACUUUUAUCCUGUCACUUUCUAUGGUGCUUUUUAAAGACACUAUAGGUGAAUUCCAUUUAUUGUUUAACACUGCGGCGGUCUAAUAGUGUAAUAAUGUAGCUAUCAUUAACUUAUGUCCCUCGAAAGGGGAGCAUUGCUACCGUAUGCUAAAGUUGUACAUAUUUCCAACUGAAAGUUGCUUAUAACCAAAGACUGUGUCAUAGGUUUAGAAUGAAUAACCUCCUGAUUCAGUGUUAUUGUAUGAUGACUUAUUGUAUUUCAUGAUUUGCUGUAUUAUCAAUUGUUGUUCUGUUUCUGUAUUUCAUAAACUUCAAAAAUAUGUCAACAAAGGGA